AAAAAAAGAAAAAUACAAAACAAAAUCUUCUUUCUUUUCGAUAUCCUCAAUUUAUGCACAUCUUUUUUUUCGGUGUAUCUACAAAGAUUUUAACUUUAUGCUGCACUCAAGUCUAUAUCGCGUGCAUCCUUAAACAAUAGUUUUUUUUUGUCAUUUUGUUGAGAACGUCUGCUUGCUGUGCUCCAUGAGCAUUUUGAAAACCACAAACGCGGCCCAGAGACAACUGAAAAAACGCUGAUAUCAAAGGCAAAGUCAAAGCCAAAGCCAAAGCCAGACGGAGCACAGUUUUUUGGGGUAAAUGAGCUGGAAGAGCUGUCCGAGAUAAGGAUGAGGAUGAGGACAUUCAUAGACAGGACAAUCGCGAUUAGCCAGCAAAUGUAAUUUGCAAAUAAAUAAUUGCAAAUGAUGAUUAACGUCGCAGCAGCAGCAACAGCAACAUCAACAGCAACAACAACAAAAAUCAAAUGAUAAUUGAGGAAAAUAUAAUCGUAAUCACCGCGAGUCUCGAAUGCAAUUCGAUUACGUUUCCCAAAUCAAAUCGAAUUCUAACGCAACAAUUUCAAAUUAAAUAUCGUGAACGCGAACGCGAACGCGAACUCGCGCAUGUCUUUGUAUUGGUGUUCUCUGCGUGUGUGUGUGUGUGUGUCUGAGAGUGUGUAUGUGUGCGUGUGAAUGAGUGAGCACCAAUACAUAGUCAUAUGUAUUUUUUUCAACAUUUUUUUUACGUUGUUAUUUGUGACGUGCAGCCAAAGAAAUAAUUGGAAUAAUCUGAAUGCAAAUGCAAAUAAUGUCGAUGAAAAUGAUAAUGAAGAUGCUAAUCUCGCCCACAUCACAACAACAAGCAAAAGUCAAAGUGAAAACUAACUAAUAUCAAAGGAAAAGCACGACCCCUUCCCCUCAACAAAAAAGAAGAGAGCGCGCAUCAAGAUAUAUCGUGUAUAUAUAAUAUGAUCUAUAGAUUCGCAAUCGAAACUCUCUGUAUACAAUUUCCGUUUUCGUUCUUUAUGCUAUUCGAAUCGAAACUUACUAUAUGCAUACAUAUAUAAUUGAUAACAGCUGGUAAUACUUACCUAACACAUACACACAAAUAGCAAUCUCUAUAUUAUAGUAAUAUAUUAUUAUAUAACAAGCUACGAACGUCAACUACGUCACAACAAUGCACUAAGCUGCUAUUUACACCGGAUAUCAUAUUCAUAUCGCCCCCCUUAGCAAACAUAGGAAAAGGAAAAGGACUAUGCGUCGAGUUAUCAGCGUUGCAGCCACAAAAUAUUUAAUGAAUUUUUUGAUAUAUAAACGAUGCUACUACAUAUAUAAACAAUAAAACAGCCGGUCGCAAUUUAGCUAGAGACAUAUGAACCAAUUGAAUAAAAUUAAUUCAAUAAAUAAAACAAAAAAGCAAAAAAACAAAAAAUAAAUGGAAUGGAUGAGUGAAUGAAUGAAAUGAAUACAACAUAUACAAAUAUCUAAAGCAAGGCAAUAAUAAUUCAUAAAUUCAAUAAUAAUAUUUAAUAAUUAUUUAAUAAUAAACAAUUAAUUAUAUGCAUAACAUUAAAAAUACAAAUUAGUUGUUAUUGCAAAAAACAAAAACAAAUUUUAAUUAUACGAACAGCAACACACUCAAUAUAAAAAUUAAUAACAAUAAUUAGCAUUAAACGGUUAACAAUAUAAAAUACAAGAAAUUGAGCAAAUUUGAUAAUUCAUUUGCAUUACCAAAUAACAAAGAAACCAAACAAUUUACGCCAUUGUGAUUCUUAAUUUUAGACAAUUAUGCGAACAAACGCAAAUAAGGCUUAAACCAAACCAAACCAAACCAAAACAAAAAAUGAAAAUGCAUCUAAAAAUAAAGCUUUAAGUAAAGGUAACAAGAAAACAAAAGCCAACAAACACACGACAAGAAGAGCUGAAAGAAGAGCAACUGAACGCAGCAGCAACCACAAAUCGAGCCAUAAACGACCAAAAGCCGCAAAAGUUGAGAAGAAAUAACAAAGAAAAUACGAAAUUACAUACAUACAUACUAUAUAGUAGGCAACAAGCACAACCCAAGCCAAGCCAAAUAAAAUCAAACAAAAAUCCAAAAACCAAACAAAAUAAAUAAUUUAAUAAAUAAACAAACAACAAGCAGAACGCAACGCCAGCCGCCCAAGAAGAAGAAGAACAGAAAAAUUUAUGAAUUACAUUACAUUAGAACACAGAGAGCAACAAAAACCGCAAUAAAUUCUUAGUUCAAGUCCAUCCAGAAGAAGAAAAAUACAAUUUUAAUGAACCGCCUAAACGUAUGCAACACAAAUUUUUUGGUCAGCGCAACCAAAAUUUUCGAAUGAAGCUAACGUUGCUGUUUCCCUUUACGUUUACGUUUACGUUGCCACUGCUCCCUCUGAGCAACUGAUUGUGUUCUGUACUCUGUACUCUGCGCGUAAACUCUGCACAACUCUUCAAUUCAACAUUUGAAAACGUGAAACGCUAUAACUAGAGAUUAACCAAAACAAAGCAAACAACAAACCCUAUGCAAUUAACAUCGGACGAUCGAAUCGGUCAGUUUUAUAAGCAACUCGUUCGUUUUGGAUAAGCUGCCACUGCCAGUGCCACUGCGACGCCCAAGCUGCCAAGAUGACGAUGUGGCAGAGUGGCGGCAUGGGAGGCCAUGGCUCCCAAAACAAUCCAUGGAUGAAACUGAUGGGCAUCGUGCACAAGGAGCGUCGCCACACGGACAACGUGCAGAGCCAGAGCGGUUCCAACGAGCGCAACUUGAAUCAGUCUUUGCCCAAAUUGAGCAGUCAAGACGAAGAAGGGGGGGCUGGUCAUGGCUUUGGUGGCGGACCACAACACUUUGAACCCAUUCCUCACGAUCAUGAUUUCUGCGAGAGAGUCGUUAUAAAUGUAAGCGGGUUAAGGUUUGAGACACAACUACGUACGCUAAAUCAAUUCCCGGACACACUGCUUGGGGAUCCAGCUCGGAGAUUACGGUACUUUGACCCGCUUAGAAAUGAAUAUUUUUUUGACCGUAGUCGUCCGAGCUUCGAUGCGAUUUUAUACUAUUAUCAGAGUGGUGGCCGACUACGGAGACCGGUCAAUGUCCCUUUAGACGUAUUUAGUGAAGAAAUAAAAUUUUAUGAAUUAGGUGAUCAAGCAAUUAAUAAAUUCAGAGAGGAUGAAGGCUUUAUUAAAGAGGAAGAAAGACCAUUACCGGAUAAUGAGAAACAAAGAAAAGUCUGGCUGCUCUUUGAGUACCCAGAGAGCUCGCAAGCCGCCAGAGUUGUAGCCAUAAUUAGUGUAUUUGUUAUAUUGCUAUCAAUUGUUAUAUUUUGUCUAGAAACAUUACCCGAAUUUAAGCAUUACAAGGUGUUCAAUACAACAACAAAUGGCACAAAAAUCGAGGAAGACGAGGUGCCUGACAUCACAGAUCCUUUCUUCCUUAUAGAAACGUUAUGUAUUAUUUGGUUUACAUUUGAACUAACUGUCAGGUUCCUCGCAUGUCCGAACAAAUUAAAUUUCUGCAGGGAUGUCAUGAAUGUUAUCGACAUAAUCGCCAUCAUUCCGUACUUUAUAACACUAGCGACUGUCGUUGCCGAAGAGGAGGAUACGUUAAAUCUUCCAAAAGCGCCAGUCAGUCCACAGGACAAGUCAUCGAAUCAGGCUAUGUCCUUGGCAAUAUUACGAGUGAUACGAUUAGUUCGAGUAUUUCGAAUAUUUAAGUUAUCUAGGCAUUCGAAGGGUUUACAAAUAUUAGGACGAACUCUGAAAGCCUCAAUGCGGGAAUUAGGUUUACUUAUAUUUUUCUUAUUUAUAGGCGUCGUACUCUUCUCAUCAGCGGUUUAUUUUGCGGAAGCUGGAAGCGAAAAUUCCUUCUUCAAGUCCAUACCCGAUGCAUUUUGGUGGGCUGUGGUCACCAUGACCACCGUUGGAUAUGGUGACAUGACACCCGUCGGCGUUUGGGGCAAAAUUGUGGGAUCAUUGUGUGCGAUUGCUGGUGUGCUGACAAUCGCACUGCCGGUACCGGUUAUCGUCAGUAAUUUCAAUUACUUCUAUCACCGCGAAACGGAUCAGGAGGAGAUGCAGAGCCAAAACUUUAAUCAUGUUACUAGUUGUCCAUAUUUGCCAGGUACAUUAGUAGGUCAACACUUGAAGAAAUCAUCGUUGUCUGAGUCCUCAUCGGAUAUGAUGGAUUUGGAUGAUGGUGUUGAAUCGACGCCGGGAUUAACUGACACGCAUCCUGGACGUAGUGCAGCAGCUCCAUUUUUAGGAGCAUCACAGGCGCAGCUGCAACCGCCGCAGGCAACGCAGCAGCAGCAGCAGCAGCAACAACAACAACAGCAGCAGCAGCAGCAGCUUCUGCAGCAGCAGCUACAACAGCAGCAGCAGCAGCAGCAACAACAGCAGCAGCAGCAGCAGCAGCAACAGUUGCAAUUGCAGCAACAAAAUGGCUUCAAGCAACAACAGUCAACAAUAAGCGUCAGUGCGGCAACCGGCAGCGCUGGCAGCAGCCUCACAAUGAGGCACAACAAUGCGCUGGCUGUUAGCAUCGAGACCGACGUUUGACUACUGGUAAAAAAGAUGUUAAGUGGUAUAAUAUUGGCCUUGUCAAGUGUUACGUUGGAUGCCAGAAACGACUACAAAAGCUGUUUAAGUUUAAUUUAAGUAGAACAAAUAACAAACAAAUUUAAUCUAUUGCUAAAUUUAAUUAAAUUUAAUUAAUACUUAAAAAUUAAUAACAACACAAAAUUACAGAAAAAUACCAAAAAAAAAAAACAACAAAGAAAAAAGAAUGAAAGAAGGAGGUAAACGUAAAUAAUACAUUUAAAAUAUAUAAUUUAAAUAAUUUAAUGCGUAAAGUAAACAAUUAACUAAAUUUAACAUUACAAAAUGAAUAACAACAUCGAAUAAAUAAAAGGAAAACAAAUCCCAAAAUUAACUGAAUAUAAUAAUAAUAAAAAUUGAUAAUAUGCCAUUAUGUAUAAUUAUUAUUAUACAUAAACGAAUGCAAGCCGAUGAAACCCUUAAUCACACAUUUUAAAUUCAAUUGAAUCACACACAACCCAGAAUCUUCAUCCAUGAAAAUGCAGUUAACGAGUCAAGCAAAAGUUCAAGUGCAUAGAAUUAGGCAAAAUAUCCGUUUACCACAAUCAAACACACACACACACACACACACACACACACAAAUGCAGAGCAUAUGCAAAGAAGCCUUAACUCAAAAAUAUAUUCGCAGUCUUGCUCAAUAGAUCACUUAACGAUUGACCUAAGGCCAAAAUCAAAACAAAUUAGUAAAUACAUAUUUCUAUGAAACGCAAACAUUUUGUCUCUCCAAUGUCCACUCUUCUUAUUUGCAAACCGGUUUUCGCUAACGGGAAAUCUAACGGGACUUUCUAAAAAUAGAACUGAAAGCAUGAACACGUGUUCACUUGUGAAGCGUUGUCGAUUGUUAAGUUGAAUGAAUACCUUUACAGUGUUGUUUUUCCGUUAUCCGAAACUCUCCAAAGUCGACCAUCAAUUCUCUCCAUCUGCAAGGCUAUAAUUGUCUCCAAAAAGUUCUUUGGGCCUGCUUUCAGCUCAACUCUACUAAAAAAUACACAUUCUGUACGAAGCAUUUUACACACUCACUCAUACUCAUACACAAAACAGAGAGAGAGAGAGAGAGAGAGAUAGAGAAAAGUAUUCAAAAGAAGCAUAGUAAAAAAAAAAACUGCCGUAAUAUUAAUAAAUACAAUUUGUAUAGUAUUUAACAAUGAAAAUAAUUGAUAUAGCAAAUAUGUAUAUGCUUUUUAACUAUGACAGAUGAAAUACUCACUCAGCAUAGCCACAAUAAUACUCUAAUACACAUCACAUACGAGUCACUAUAUGUAGAGGGACACAACACUGUAGCCAAUCGAUAGACUUGAACCGAUGAUCUCCUGCUAGGCAUUGUUCAAACUCUUACGAAUUUCCGCACAGACAAAAGAACUCGCUUCAAAUUAUUAAAAACAACCCACCCAACUGCCCAAAUACCUAACCAAACACACCCACACAUAAUGAGAAACUGUAUAAAAUAAAAUAAUAAAAAAAAAAAAAAAAAAAACAGAACAAAAACAAAAGAGAGGAACCUGCUAACUUUCUGCUUAAAUCUCCCCCCGAAUAAAAACGAAAUAAAAAGUACAAAUAUUCAUAAAACACAAGAUAAAAAUAAAAAAAACAGGAAAAUGCAACUAAAACCAAAGCAAAAAUCACAACAAAUUAUUUUAAAGACAACAAUAUGAAGAACUUCAACAACAAAAAUAAAUAUAAUUAAAUAAUUCUUAAAUAAAACGACUGCAAUUAAAUGAAACUAAUACUAACUUAAAGUCACAGAUAAUUUUGAGAUAAAUACAAAACAAGGCAAAUCAAAUAUUUAUAAAAAAAAAACCUAAAAAAAAAAAAUCCACAAAAAUUAAGAAAAUUAUUAUGAGGAAUCAGAGGAAAAGAAAGCUGAAGGAGAGAUGCAACAAAAACAAAACAAAAAUGAAAGAUAGAAAACGCUCUUAUGAUUUUAUAAAAUAAAGCAUAAUAAUACUUACAUAUGUAUGAGAUAUGAGAUAUGAGAUGUACAUACGUACACGCGAGUGUGUGUGUGUGUAUGUACAUAUAUGUGUGAGUGUAGAGCUGAUAUCAAUGUGAAGGAGAGCUCUAUAAAUAACCAGAUGGAGGCGUAUUUGAACCCAAACAAUACACUAAUGUUGCUUGCCGCAGGAAUAGCCCCAGGGAUGAUAUUCUGUUCUGCAUAGUUCAAAUACUUUCUGCCAAAUAUGUAUGUAUGUGUGCGUGUAUGUGUGUGUGUGUGUGUGUGACUGUUGACAUUGUGACACGCCUCCCCACACACUCCCUAGCCACAUGAAAUUUCGGAUGCCGUCUACCAGAAACCAAAGAAUAACUACGAAUACGAAUACGAAUACGAAGACGAAAAAAAGAAAACAGAAAACAGAAAACAAAAAACAAGUCGACUGAAACUAUGCAAAUACGCUUUUGCAUGGCUGUAUUUAUAAAUAAAUAUCAACAAAUACCCACAAAACCAAAAAAAAAAAAUAAAUUUAUAUAUAUACAUACUUACAAAUAGCUGUAUACAAUGACAGAUAGUAUUUGCAAUAUAUGUGUAUGUAGAAAGCAAACUGAUUAAAAAUAUGUUAAUCAUAAAUAAACAUUAUUAUUGAUUAUAAUAAUUUAUGUACUCAAUGUUCGGUCUGCCGAAUGUCGAAUACCUUUCUAGAGGAAAACUUUGUGAUCGUUGCCAGGAAAUAAAUCGAUUAUGAAAUGAAAUCGGUGAACUAUACAUACCAUAAAUCCGAUAGAGUCUUGCCUUUUUAAUAGCCUGCAAUCUGUGGAACAAUGUAGAGCGAGCGAUAUUAAUGGGUAUAGCGAUGAGAUGAUAAUAUCCUCUGCAAGGGUAGAUAAUAAGACACAUUGAAAAUGAUUAUGUGUUGAGCGAUGAGGGUAAGAUGUAGAAGCAUUCAAGCGUAAAUAUUAAAGCUUUGAAAACCGUCCACACACAUACACAUACACAUACACAUACACGAAGACGACAAAGAGUCACACACAUACACAUACAUAGGAACACACACACGCGUCAAAUACCAUGAAAUAAUGUAUACAGACGAAUGAGCAGCAGCCUCCGCUCCCGCCUCCCGCCUCCCCCGUCACUGCCCUAACACGCAGCUGCAAGGCAAUGUCAACACACCCACACACCCAAACACACACACACACACAUACAUGUGUAUUUUGGCAUAUUUGUAUGAGCUUCUUAAGAAUGCUGAAUGUUUUGGAGACAAGAAACAAAAAACGAAAAACUCAAACGAAAACGAAAUAAGAGAAACGUAAAGUAAAAGCAGCGAGAGCAAAGCAAAGCAAAGAAUCAGCGAUAAGUAUUAAAAGAGAUAGGGAGAGAUAGAAAGAGAGAUAAAAAAAAGGAUAGAGAGAGAGAGAGAGAGUAAAAAAGUGCAAGUGCAAGUGCAAGUGCCUUAAGGAACCCAACACAUACUCGUCAUGCGCCGGGUCGUGCCCUUCUCUGCGCAUCUCACUGAGACUAGAUGCCAACUGAGCUCUUGGUUGGAAGACGGCAAGCAACCGAUAUUGGUAAUAUGCAUUAAUAACUACUAUCUGAGUAAAGUAACUAUGACUAAAAGAAGAUAAAGGAGAAGAAGAAAAACACUUGACUACAACUUCAACUGCGCUACAGUAAACGCUCGCUAAUACUCCCCGAUCGAAGCACGACAGAUACAUAUGUUAGAUAGACACAUACGGCAUAGUAGUUAGCAAGGGAGCUGGAAAGUAGAUUCAUAUCAAGCAAACAAAAUAUAAUGCAAAGAUUCUGUAGAAUUAGACACGCAGGUGCAUAUCAACUGGGUCAGUCAGGCUUCACUGUAGCGUACCUAUUACUCUGCUGUAAAUACACUUAAAGCACUUUCAACUUUCGAUGCAACAGCAAAUUAGGUGAAUAGUUAAUUGGUAUUUUGUACAAACAAAUGGGAAAUAAACAAAUCGAUAAACAACUAAAAAUCAAUAAUACAAUUUAAACCGAAAAUAAAUAAAUAAAUAACACACAUCAUAAACGAAAUUAUAAAAAAGCAAAUAGAAUUAUCAUCUAAUGUACUAUAUAUGUUAUAUAUAAUAUUGUAUUGUAUCUAGUCAUACCAAAGUCCUGUAUCUAUAAAAUAGAACUAAAUGCAACCAAAGCAAAAACAACCUCCAGACAUUUUAAGGCAAAACACCAACAAAAACAAAAAAACAAAAAAAAAACAAAAAAACAAAUUCAAACAUUUUUAUUAUUUACAUAUAAAGAAAAGAAUUCGCUUAUUUAAACUUAAGUUUUAUGAUUUAGCGUGAAGGAUUCUAGCAUAAGGUAAAAAAAAAAAAAAAAGCAAAAUGGACUCGUUCGAGUUUCGAGAUUAAAAUAAGGUUGUUUUUUUUUUAUAGGCAUUAAACUAGGCAAUUGACUAAAUGAAAAGUGACAGCUAGCAUGAAUAACAACUUACUUAUUGUGUAUAGAUCGAAGUACGAAAAUGUCGUGGAUUCAUAGCGGGCAUUAAGUUAUUCAUUUUGGACCCAUUAAACAACAAUAUUCGUUAUUCAAGAGCAAGAACAAGAACAAGACGAGCCAUUUCAAUUGACUACUCUUAACACUAGCAAAGAAUACCGAAAAAAUACCAAAAAUACAAAUAUUAAGAAAAUUUGGAAUAAAUGUGUUCAGCGACAAAAUGUUAUUAUAUGUUUAAAUGAAUAAAAUUAAAAACCCCAAAUUGAAUGGAAAUUAGAAAGAUAGAGAUAGCGAUAGUACGAUAGCAAGAUGAAAUGAAACAACACAAAAAUUUAAUUUAAUUAAAUUUAAUUAAGUACAUUAAUAAAAUUCUAAACAAUUCAAAAUUGUAUAUAAGUACAUGUAAUGAAUGGUAAACUACAAAUCCAGGCUUACCCUCCCAAACAAAUAUAUCAAUAAUAUCACAUUGUAUAUUUCAAAAACAAAAAAAAAAAAAAAAAAGAAAAUCACAAAAAAAAACAAAUAGCUCAUAAACCAAAAAGAAAAAAAAAUUAAAAAUUAAACCAAAAAAAAAAAAUGAAAAAUUGAAAUUGAAACUCAUAAGAACAACAACCAAGAAAAGAAAACCCAAAAGCUGAUCAUUGAAAUAAAAAAAUACGCUAUGAAAAUAUGCGGAAAAAAUGAAAAUCACAUGAAUUUUUUUGUAUUUUAGAUUGAGAACCAAAAAACAUAAAAAAAAAAAACAAAACAAAACAAAAGUCAACAUACUUUUGCCGUAUAUAGAAAACUGUGUAACAGUUGCAAUCCGACCUGUAAAUAUGUAAUUGUAAUUGGUUUUUGUAUGUGUGCAGAGAACUUUCUUCGUACUUAGCCAUUUGUCAGUUCGAAUCAUGUACAAUUUGUUGUAGUCUAAACUGAAUCCUUAGUUUUAUUAUCCAACAAGUAAACUACGCUCAAAUCGAACACGAACACGACACACAAACACUAAAACACAAACAUUAAAAACGAUUGUAUAUAAUCGCAAUUCUUUCCAACUUACCUGAACUCAAGCUUCGGCUAUUCUCUAUACGUACGUUUUAUGUUUUUAAAUGAUAUCAUAGUGCAACGCAUAUAGUACAGCUAAUUAUUAACUUAAAAUACUACAAAUCACUUAGUCUCUAUACUAGUAAGUAUUGCCUACGAAAGUCCACUUCCAAGUACUAUCGUGUACUUUCAAAGUUCAUUUGCAAGCUCUCAAGAAGCUUGCAAGCUCAUUGCAGGCACUCAUUUUCGAGCUUUCAGCUUCCAUGCAUUUCACAACCGAAGAUUGAGUGAAAUGACUGUAGUAUAUGUGUGUUUUUUUGGUAGGUCAAAGAUCCGAGCACUGUAGAACCAAGAAAACAUUUCUAGGCACCAGCUGAGACACAUACUCUACUAUACAUAUACUAUAUAUACUAUACAAUGUAUGUAGUAUAUGUUAUACAUAGACACUUACACACACCAACACACAACAGCGAACUAGAUGCGAUUAGAGCUAAAAGCAUUUCAUUGGUUUUCAUAUUAGUAUUUCGUUUAGAACUAUGUAUUUAUCCACAAACAAAAAACAAAAAUCUUUUUAUGCUUGACCUACGAGUACUUCGGAUACUCAGCUGCCUGCAUUUAAAGAGCUAUUCAAAAGACGAGACUACUUAUCAAAAUAAUACAAAAAAAAAAAAACAAAGCAAACGAGAAAACGAAAUGCGAAAUUCGAAAUGAGUAAGAAGCAAACAUAUCGUUGUAAAUCAACUACGUACCAUAAACAAGCUAAAUUGAUAAACUCGUAAUACAACAACAACAACACAACAAGUAAUAAUAAAAACAAUAAAACACUAACUAAACGUUUACAAACUUAAUACAAGACACAAACAUAAGAACUGUACUUAAAAGCAAAAAUAAUCUAACAAAAAACCCAAAAUGAAAAAAAAUUGAAAAUUGAAAAGUAUAGAUGAGAUGGGAAAAAUUGAAAUAAUACUAAAGAAUGAAACGUAAAAGGCAACAAACACUCUAUUUUAAUUCUCGAUUUCAAUCCAAAACAAUCUUUUCAAGUUUUCCAUUAAAUUUAAUUACAUAAUUAAAAUAAAAAACCGAAAUCCAUUUAACGUAAAUAAUUAUUGUACAAGGUAUACAAAUACAAAAUACGAAUACUUAUCUACCUACCUACUUACUACAAGCAUAUUUACUACGAGAACAUACUAAAUACGAUACGAGAUACCAAAUCAAAAAAAAAAAAAAAAAAAAAAAAAACUCCAACAAAAAAUACAACAUAAACAAGCAACUCAAAACACUCUUCUAAAAUGCUUCAAGAAAGAAUAAUGCUAGCAAACAAAAACCAAAAACGAAACAAACAAAUUUCUAUUAAGGACAAAGACUGCAAAUAGAGAUUUAAAAAUAUUAAAAGAAAUUUAAAGUAAUAAUAAACAUAAUACUACAAAUAAAUAAAGCAUAUUAACAAGCUAAAUAAAUAAUUCAAUUCAAUUCAACUCAAUUCAAUUCAAUUCAGAUUGAAAACGAUUUCGUUUGUUGUUCCUUUCAAGCAUUUACCGCAAUUAAUUAGUUUGUCAUAUUUUUUACGAAUAAUAAUUUUUUGAAUAUAUAGUCAUAUGUAUUGUGCGAGUGUGUAUAUCCAUUCAUUUUUAUAUUACGAGUAUUAGUAAAUUUAAAAUUAGUUUAGUUUAGUUAGCCGCCCAAGAAGACAACAGCAACAAUACUUCAUUACAGCCAGUAGUACUUUAAUAUGAAAUGCCGCAAACAAAAAAGGAGAUUUUUUUUGCAAUCAACCAAAAGAGUAAAGUAAUUUUCUCAACCAGCUGCAGCUUAUCAAUAGUAAAUUUACAUUUAUAACAAUAAAUGAGUAAACCAAUAAAACACAAAAAUAGCUAUACGAAUUCCAAAUGCAGCAAACGCAUAAACCAAAAACAAUAAAACCAAAAACAAAUAAAACAAAAACCAAAAACAAUUAAUAAAUGAACAAUUUAGUAUUACGCAUAAUAACAUAUUGUGACUACAAUUAAAAGGCAAAAAAUGCAUAAAACACUUUGACACACAACAAGAAACAAACCAAAAACAAAAAAAAAAAAAAAAAAAAAAAAAUAAUAAAUAAAAAAAAAAUGGAGAAAAAAACGUAAAAUGAAACCAAGAGAAAUGUUGUUAAGAUUAAAAAUGAAAUGUUUUAUAAUCGUUAUUCAAUAAAAAUAAAAAUACAUUAAAAAAACAAAGAACACAACUAAUAUCAAAUAAUAAUCUAGUAAAGCAAAGCAUAAGCCCAAAACCCGAUACAAUGAUCAUUGCAAUUUGUUAUCUAGUUAUUCGCUAAGUAUAUUCAAUAUAUAUUUUUCUUUAUAUAUUAUCAAAAUAGUUAAGUAAUUUCAAGUAGCGUAUUAUCCUAGUGUCUUAGACUAUAUUUAAAAGUAGCUUUUCUUCCAUUUUAAACAUUUUUUACCCCAUUUUGAACGCAUGUCAAAACAUUUACUUAGUUCGGAUUUGGACUGGGAAUCGUAAUCGUAACCGGAAUCAGGUUUUGCCCUUUGGCUUUCCAAAUGGUUUAGUUGGUAUUCCUAAGCUUUUAAGGUUGAUCUAAUAUAUUAAGUUGUACAUAAGAACAAAAGUAAUUUUGUAGCAAUGACAACAACUCAGCAUCAGCAUCAGCAUCAGCAUCAGCAUUAAUCAUGCCUUAGCAACGACACAAAUUGCCAAUUGGAUUGUCCUUCCAUCAUCCAUUUAAACUACUAUUACUUACUCAUAUGUAUAUCAUAGUCUAGUGCAGUUCAGUCGCAUCAUUUAGUGUUCGAUUGAACAUCAAAGACAUCUUUUUAAACGUCCCUUUUAAAAAGCCCUUUCAAAAUAAUCAUCGAUGCGACGUUUGCUGCAAUCACUGAGCAUUGAGAUCAGAGGCGUGCUCUCUCUCACUCUCUCUCUGUCUUCCCCCUUCAUAAACGGUGAGUGUGCCCAGUUGAUCUGGUUGUGUAACGAAAAAAACAAAACAAUGUGACCAGUCAUGUGUAUAAUGCCUGAUAUCGUCGUUGUCGUUAUCGUUAUCGUAUCGUAAUCGUAAUCGUAAUCGUAUCCUUUAAUUGUCUUUGGUUCUUAUCAUACAUUGUGCACUGUGGAAACGCGCACCAAAACUUUGAUUUUGUUUUUAAUAUACCAUACACAUAUGCAUAUGUAACAUACAUAUGACUAUGUGUGAUCGAUCAUAUUGUUUGUGCGCUUCUCGGUCAAGCAGUGUUUUUUUUUUUUAUUUAUGUUUAACAUACCCAUAAUAUUUCUACUAUAUACAUACUAAUCUAUGUAUGUACAUAUGUAUGUAUACAUAUAUGAAGCUCUAUAAUCUAAUAUUCUAUAUACUUAUCGAACUGUACAGAUAUAUGAAUAUAUAUAUGUUUAUUCUUUAUGCUUUCGACAUUUUGAUAUUUUGUUUUGAUGCGUUUUUGGUCUAUUGUACGGUUUUGUCUUUCUUUUUUGGUUUUCAAUACUCUUUUCGGUUCUGUUGUGGUAACUGUAAGAAUCGCUUCAGCGCUGCCUGCUGCACCCGCCGACAACAAAAUAUAUAUAUAUAUCCUGCUACAGCUACUACAUCAACAGUAACCGUAACAGUAACAGUGACAGUACAAGUAACAGUAACAGUAACAGUAACCGUAACAGUAACAGUAAACGUAACAGUAGAUGCUACAGUAUACAGUAACAGUAACAGUAACAGUAAGAAGGCCAAAGCUACCCAGCAACAGCAGCCGCAGCAAAUCUCCAAAACGAAUGCAAACGAAUGAAACGAAAGAAUGUACAACAACACCAGCAAAAAAAAUAUAUAAUACGAGUAUUAACAAUACUAUGAAAAUAGAAAAGCGCCUGCUCUGGCUACGGCUACAGCUAUGGCUGAGGCUUUCGACGGCUCCUGCUUCUGCUCCUAAGUCCCGUUUCCCUGUGCUUCCCGAUUCCGGUGCAUGUGCGUUAAGUUGCUAUAAUCGAAUAUAACUUGAAUCGAGCAAUCGAUCAAUCUGAAUCACAAUAAAUAAACGAGCAAAUCAAUGCAAAAUGCAAUUAAACAAGGCAAUCAAAACCAGAAAUAAAAAAACAUACAAUAAGCAAAAAACAAAGAAGUCGAUAAGAUAAAAAUGAUUAAAAAACAACAAACAAAAACAAAAACCAACGCUCGCUCGCUCGCUCGAACGCCCGCCCGCCCGCUCGCUAAAGCAAAGACAACCACCACAAACAAAACAAACAACACUUGGCGCACGCUUAGCACAUUUGCAUCCACACACACACACAUACACCUUCCACACACACACACACACACACACACACAC